GGUACGUGAAGGACCCUUACCUAUGGUUGCGUUCAGUGUUGUCUCUGCUCCCGUACUCGCUUUUGUGUCAGGAUGGUGCUUGUGAUGUGUAAAUGUCUUUUCGUCAUUUCUGGUUAAAAGUGCACGGCAUUCGGUGGCUUUGAUGUUCCGCGCGGCUAACCGAAAAAGCAUCAGCAAAGCGGGGAACGGCUGGCACUUUCGCCGGACAAUGGACGAGCUGGUCCAUGAUCUGGUGUCAGCCUUGGAGGAGAGCUCGGAGCAGGCGGCGCGCGGCGGCUUUGGCGACGGCGGGGACCACGCUGUGACGGUGGGCUGCCUGCUGAAGAGACAGGCCAGGAAGCGCAGGGGCCGCAAAAGGCGCUCCGACAACCCGCACCCGCCCUGGGAGACGGCGCACCUGAGCGAGGGCUCCGAGUCCAGCGCCGAAGAACACAAGGACUACCGCGCCAGCACAGGAGGCGUGUCCGGCGCCAACAACCACGCUCGCGACAACAGCGACUCGGACGAGCAGCUGGGCCCCAAACGCCGCACCCCGCAGAUGUCUGACCCGGGCAGGAGCAAGCGGCCCCUGUGGCCGGACGAUCUGGGCGUCCUGGGCUCCGCCGAGGGAACCCGCAGCCUCAGGCGGCGGCGCAAGGUCAAGCGCAUGGCCGUGGACCCCCCCGGCGAGCCGGAGCCCCCCUCCGCUGUGAUGCCGGCCCCUCCGUCCAUUCCCAAGGCUCGCGCGGCGGGCGCCGGACCCCGCCGGCUGAGCCCCGGCGAAGGCCGGGCGGCCAUGGAGAUCUGCGGGAGCGGCUCGCUGCUGGCGGCGGGAGGGAAGAACCGGAUGAAGAAGAGGAAGCUGGCCCCUCACAGGCCGGGGGCGGAGGCUGCCGACGAAGGGGUGGUGGUGGAAAGCGAGGAGCCCGUCUCGUGCGUGCUGGAAGGAUCCAAGGACAAGAUGGAGCUGGACGAGCACAAGGGCUCUGAUGAGGAGAUGAGCGACAGGUGUGAAACCAGCAGCGUGAGCAACAGCAGCGAUGGCGGCCUCUACACCAACGAUGAAGGCCGCCAAGGUGACGACGAGCAGAGCGACUGGUUCUGCGAGGGCGAAGCCAGCUCGGGCAGCGGCGGCGCGUGCGGGGUGGCUGGCGUCAUCCCCUGGUGGGAGCGGGACGGCUGCUCGGAGGAGCUGGACUUGAACGACCCCGUCUUCAACAACAUCCUCACGGGCUCCUUCCCCAUCAUGACCUCCGAGGCCAGGACGGGGUUCCAGGCCCGGCUCAGCCGACUCCAUCACGGGCACCCGAGGCCCUGCGGCGACGUUCUGCAGGGCGAAAGCGCUCAGGACUUUAGCGACGCUCACGAGCCGUGGUUCAGCUCCAGCCCCAGGAGGGAACACGCACAGUUACACUGGGACCCUCGGACGGAGCGAGGCCAUCGCAGGAGCUGCUCGGUCAAAACGGCCAACAGGCAGACGAGCGGGCACCUGGGCUCGCUGUGCAUGGGGGAUGUCAAGCGCAGGCGGAAGGCGGCCCCCCUCGGAUCCACCGCGCCCUCAGCGGCGGUGGGCGAAAACGCGCCGCCCAUUCCCGACAGCAACCUGGGCAACCGCAUGUUGCAGAGCAUGGGAUGGAUCCCCGGCGUGGGCCUGGGCCCCGACGGGCGGGGCAUCACCGAGCCCGUCCGGGCCCUGCAGAGACCCAAAGGCACGGGCUUGGGCUUCAACUGACCGCCGAGCCGUCGGCCCACCUCAAAGCCGCGGGGCAAAGAAGGAGACGGAUUUCCCAUAUUGGGGAGACGCAAAAGACUCGAAGCCGAGACUGAAUUCCACCUCGGAGGACAUUUCAUGACCUUUUCUGCCUCAUCAAAGAAGGCGCCAGAAAAGUGAGCCACUGAUCAACUUGGACUGCGCAGGUCACUGACCUGUCAGAGAUUUCCAGGUAUGUCAUGAAGCGAACUCAAACUGUACGGAUGGAUGCGUGUCAUGGGCAGGGGAAAAAAAAAAAAAAAUCAUCUGCCCGUUUGUUUUGCUCAUGAAUGUGAAGUAUGCGCAUCCCUUUGGCAUAAAUUCAAAAUGUUGGUUUUGUUAGAACGGUUUUAAUGCUUGUUGACGUUUCAAUCAUUUUACUGUUCCAGUGUAUACGUUUGAAAAUUGGCUUAGUGUAAUGUUCAAGAAAAAGCUGAUUUUAAAUGAGGAUGUGUACUAGAUUCCGAGUGAAAUCACGAGAAGAUGGAAGAAUUGUAUUCAUGUUUUAUUUUCUUUUGACUUUUUGUCUUUGUCUUGAUUGCAAGUCCUUCCAGACUGUAUUAUGAUCCUGAACAUGUCCAGGAGACACGCGUCCAAUAAAAUGACGUGACACCAACAUGAAAA